UUGAGAUUCCUGCGUCAAAGGGGGUUGGACUUGGGGUCCAUUCCAACUCUACAGUUCUAUGAUUCAAUGAAAAGAAAACAAUGACACAUGUCAAUAUGAAAAGCCAGUCCUGAGAUGUCUAUGUUAUGCAGGUAAGUAUAAUUGCAUUUCUGCAUUUAAUCAGGAAGACCAUAUUUCUCGCCAGGAGUAGGUUGUUAUCUGAAACAUAAGAAAUGACAAUCCACCAGGUAGCAUAGAAAUGCUCUACAGGUUCUUCACCUUUCAUAAGGCAAAGUUUAUGAGUUAUCUUCUUGGUGAUUACAGUAUUCCAUAUGUUUUCAUACCAUGGUUGAAGGGAUAAGCCAUGCAGAUUCUCCCAAUUUUGAGCUAUAGACAAUCUAGUGGCUACCAUGGGCGUUGCCAGGAUUUUGGCUAUGCCCAUGGCUGCUACUAAGAACCAAGUUGCAGUAAUGAGCAUUUAUUUUAAGGCGAAAAAGAAAUAUGAAUUAUGUGGUGUUCUGCUGCAGUGCCUCUUGUGGGCACUGAGGGAUUGCAGAUCUGGAAGAACUCCGAAAAAGCAGCCUUUCUCAUGCUUUGCUUUGCGGGUGCUGCACUUACACACUAGGAUGACUCCCUUCUCUGUUUGGUUUCUCGUUCGUGUUACCUGGUCAGGUUUGGGCUAAACUAAGAUGUGGCAGCGACACACAGAAAGGUGGAUUUCACACAUCAAUUUUGUGGCUACGUUCAGGCUGCUGUGGUUAUUUAUUUUAUUUAUUUAUUAGAUUUGUAUACCUCCCUUCAUCUGAAGAUGUCAAGGUGGUUCACAGCAUAAAAGAUCGGUCCCAUUUACCUUGAUAUUAUUCCUUCUGAGUAGACAUGCACAACAUUGCACUGUCCAUUGCACACACAUACUGUACACCCACUCACACACAUGAGGGCAACGUUUUAUCUCCACUGUAUGCCUCUGAGUGGCUUUUGUUGGGAAUUGCAGGUGGGAGACUGUUGUUGUGUUUGGGUCCUGCUUGCAGGCUACCCACGGAAAUCUGUUUGGCUACUGUGAGAACAGGAUGCUGGAAUAGAUGGGCCAAUGGCUUGCCUUGCAGUUCCCAACAACUGGUAUUCAGAGGCAUGAUGCUUCUGGCUGUGGAAGCAGAAAGGAAUUUACUCAAUAGAUGCCUCAGCUUUUUGUUUCUGAUGGGCAGGAGCAGAAUGAGUGCCUCAAAGAGCCUUCCUGAGAUCGACGAGGACCUGUACUCUCGCCAAUUGUAUGUUCUGGGCUAUGAGGCCAUGCAGAAGAUGGUGGGAGCAGCUGUGCUGAUCUCUGGAAUGAAGGGCCUGGGGGUGGAGAUUGCCAAGAACGUCAUCCUUGCAGGAGUGAAAUCUGUCACUGUCCAUGACCAGAGUGAGACUCAGUGGGCUGACCUUUCUUCACAGUUCUAUCUCUCGGAGAACGACGUGGGGCAAAACCGAGCUCUGGUCUCCCAGUGCCGCCUUGCAGAACUGAACGCACAUGUCCCUGUGCAUGCCUAUACCAAUGGGCUGUCUGAGAGCUUCUUGUCUACUUUCCAGGUUGUGGUCCUGAGUAACUCACCCUUGGAGGAGCAGCUGCGAAUCAGUGACUUCUGCCACACCAAGAACAUUUGCUUUGUCCUAGUUGACACCAAGGGCCUGGCUGGGCAACUUUUCUGUGAUUUUGGAGAACACUUUAUUGUGCGCAAUCCUUCAGAGGCUGAACCUGCUUCUGCUGCCAUUCACCACAUCACCCAGGGUAACCCUGGCAUAGUGACUGUGGCGUGUGACAAUGAAGAGAGACAAGGCCACCGCUUUGAGGAUGGUGACUGGGUGAUAUUCUCCGGGGUUGAGGGGAUGACAGAACUCAAUACCUCUGAGCCCUGCCUCAUUCGUGUGAAAGGAACCUGCAGCUUAGAAGUUGGAGAUACAUCUUCUUUUUCUCCAUACAAAUGCGGUGGGAUCAUCACCCAAGUCACGAUACCUCAAAAACACUCCUAUGAAUCCCUGCGUACCUCCAGGGCUAAUCCUAAGAUCAGGAUCCCGGAUAAGGGGAAACUGCCUCGCUGUCGCUCCCUCCAUGCGGCUUUCUGGGCACUGCAUAUCUUCCAGAGGGAGAUGAAGCGGCUGCCUAGGCCCAGGAAUCAGGCAAAUGCAGACAAGAUGGUGAAACUGGCACAGACCCUCCCUGUGAGCAAGGAAGAGGAACUGCAAGAGGACCUGGUGCGGACAUUUUCCUACGGAUGUUCUGGUGACCUGAGUCCUAUCAAUGCCUUCAUCGGAGGCCUGGCUGCCCAAGAGGUGCUGAAGGCUGCCUCAGGGAAGUUCACUCCUUUGGACCAGUGGCUGUACUUCGAUGCUUAUGAAUGUCUGCCUGAAGAGGAACAUAUCGUGCAGCUGACUGAGGAAGACUGUGCUCCACGUGGCAGUCGCUAUGAUGGGCAGAUUGCUGUCUUUGGAAAUACCUUCCAGGAACGGCUUGGGAAGCAGAAAUACUUUGUGGUGGGAGCUGGUGCCAUUGGCUGUGAGCUCCUGAAGAAUUUUGCCAUGAUUGGCUUGGCUGCUAGCGAGGGUGGGAGCAUCACUGUGACGGACAUGGAUACCAUUGAAUAUUCCAACCUCAACAGGCAGUUCCUCUUUCGAGCAGGGGAUGUGUCGAAGCAGAAGUCAGAAGUGGCAGCAGCUGCCAUAAAACUCAUGAACCGCCACAUCAAUGUAUCAGCACAGCAGAACCAGGUUGGACCAGACACCGAGAACUUCUAUGGGGAUGACUUCUUCCUUUGCUUGGAUGGCGUUGCCAGUGCCCUGGACAGUCUGCAAGCCAGAAAAUACUUGUGCCAAAGGUGUGUGCAGUACCUCAAGCCUCUGCUUGAUUCCGGAACGGAAGGCACCCGGGGGCACGUCCAGGUCUUUGUGCCCUUUCUGACAGAGUCCUUUGGCCAAGCUCAGGAGGAGGAAGAGACACAGUACCCUCUCUGCACCCUGCGCCACUUCCCCAGCACCAUCCAGCACACGCUGCAGUGGGCCCGAGAUCAGUUUGAGGGUCUUUUCAAGGCAAAAGCAGAAAACGUCAACACAUUCCUGAAGGAUCCCAGCUUCCUAGAGUCCCAAGAAAUGGAGGCUGUCAAGAUGCUGGAGUUAGUGCGCAUCAGCUUUCAGGAGAAGCCGUGCAACUGGAGAGACUGCGUGGUCUGGGCUCGGAGACUUUGGGAGCGCCUUUUCUCCCAUGACAUCCAGCAGCUGCUGCAUAACUUCCCACCUGAGCAUGAGACAAGCUCUGGACUUCCUUUCUGGUCAGGGCCCAAGCGAUGCCCACAGCCGCUGAAAUUUGGCAGCCAUCAUACCACCCACAAGACCUUCAUUUUGGCUGCCAGUCACCUCUUUGCCAAUACCCACAAACUUCGUGUGAGUGAGGAUGAUUCUGUCACUUCCCAAGUCCUCUUUGGCUUGCAUCUGCCGCCUUUCCAGCCACUUCAGGGAGUGCAUAUCCCUCUCACUGACCAAGAGAUGCAGAAUCCACAAGACUCUGUUGAUGAGACCAAGAUGGGAGAGCUGAGGCAGGAACUGGCAGCACUAAGGCAAGAGCUGGAAGAGCAAAAUUCCCUCAUGUCUAAUGCUAUGGAGCCCAUUUGCUUUGAGAAGGGGAAUGACAUUCACUUGAACUUCAUCAUGACAGCAGCCAAUCUGCGAGCUGAGAACUAUGGCAUCCCUCCAGCUGAUAAGCUCCAGGCAAUGAGGAUCGUGGGGAGGAUCGUGCCUGCCAUUGCCACAACCACAACAGCUGUAGCUGGUCUGGUGUGCUUGGAGCUUUACAAGCUGGUGUGGCGACAUGAGCGCCUGAGCUCCUAUCGCAACAGCUUCCUGCAGCUCUCGGAGCCCCUGCUCAAUCGCUUCCAGCCUCUGUCUCAACCAAUAUACAAGUAUCGCCAGAAAGCAUGGAGCUGCUGGGACAGAAUUGAGGUGCCAGGUGUCGAUGCCGAGGGAAAGGAGAUCACCUUGAGAGACCUCUGCAAACACCUCCAGAUGGAGCAUUGCUUGGUGCUGCAGAUGCUACUAUAUGGAAAAGCUCUUCUCUACGCUGGCUUCUCGGAAGAAAAGGCGAAAGAGCAGCAGCUAUCCAGCAGACUGACGGAACUGGUUCGCUGUGCCACCGGAGAGGCUCUGUCCAAGGAGUGCCGGCUCUUGGUGUUGGAAAUAGUCUGUGAAGAUGAAGAGGACGAUAGCAUCUUACCACCUGUUCAUGUCUGGCUCCGACCGAGGGAUCCAACCAAUGAGGAUUAAAGGGAACUGUGUAUAUGUGUAAUACAAUGGAAACCUUUCGACUGGAUAACUGCAAUGUGCUGGAUGGGGGGCUGCGCUUGAGGAUGGUCUGGAAGCUGUGGCCGGUGCAAAGUUAAUGGGCUUUACCAUUCAAAUGAUGUGUGUGUACCACAUUUAAUUGAUUAUGCAGGAUGAGGCCUACCUGAUCCCCCCCCCAAUAUUUUAUUCAAUUUGGCACCCCUGGAAUUGGAUCCUUAGUGUGGUGGUACCUGCUCUUUGGAAUUCCCUCCCCUUGGAUGUUAGGCAGAGGCUGCCUCUGAUGUCAUUUUGCUGCCUACUGAAGACUUUCCUCUUCCAGCAAGGGUUUUAAGCUUGAAGCUUUCCCAGUCUGUUUCUGUGUUGGAAUUGUUUUUUCAAAUGUUAUUGUUGUCUUACCAUUUGUUGCCUGGCACCCUGGGCUCCUUUGGGAGGAAGGGCAGGAUGCGGAUUAAUUAAUUUAAUAAAUGUGGGUAAUAUAUGGAAUGAGUAAUGUGUAUACACUGACUGUGAUUAACCCAAAUUCUAUUUAAAGCAGAGAUACGCUCCUUGCCUGAUGAAGGUGGUGAAGAAGCAUCUUCUCCAGGGACUAACCUGUGUCUGCCUGCAGGCCUUGUCUUGCUCUUGGGGUCUGAGCAUAGCAGAGGACUAAAUAGGAAUGAGUUCAUUCUCAGUAAGUGCAACCCACAGGCUUCUCCUUUUGAAAGACUCCCGGAAUCUAAGCAUUUUCUUCCCAGUACAACUAUUAAAGGUGUGGCAGCAAUGAAGUUGUAACACAGGGCAGGGAACCUCAGGCCCAGGUAGUGGGGGGUGAGCCAAAUGUGGUUCCUUGUAUAGCCAUCAAAUGACUCUGUAGGCCUGGGAUAAAAGGUAAAGCGACCCCUGACCAUUAGAUCCAGUCGCGGACGACUCUGGGGUUGUGGCUCUCAUCUCGCUUUACUGGCCGAGGGAGCCGGCGUACAGCUUCCGGGUCAUGUGGCCAGCAUGACUAAGCUGCUUCUGGCGAACCAGAGAAGCACACGGA